ACUACUCUCUGCCCAAUGUCAGUCAGGCUGGAUCCACGAUACAAGAAGGUCGUCAGCUCGGGAGUAGUGUCAGCGUGAUUGAAGGAAGUGAAGGCAGGACAUCCAGGGAAGUCUAAGCACGAAGUCAAAGAGGAUUUGCUUUGAGGAAGGGAAGACAUCGCAGCAUGAACAACCGACGCGGCGAUAAAUCGCCCUCCUGGCUCGGCUGGGUGGGGGACAUGAACACAAUAACGGACUACCUUAUAACACGACCGUGGGCCUCCGUCUGGUGUGUUCCAAAGGCGAUCAAUUCCAUCCUGCGCGCCGUUGGGAUCGUGGCUUUCGCGAACAACCCCAUUACGGGUUUCCUUAUCAUGGCCGGGAUGUUCGUCGGAAAUGUCAACGUGUUCUGGGCGUGUCUGCUGGCGGGCGUGCUCGGAGUUGCUUUUAGUAAGGUCCUCAACCAGCCGGAGAAUUUGAUAAGUGACGGCGUGGUGGUGUUCAACGGCAUUCUGGUCGGGUGUAUUUCGGUGGCAGUGUUUCCGGCUCUCUCAGGACACCAGAUCGAUUCCUUGUUCUGGUUAUAUGUCACCUUUGCGGUCAUCGUCACAUCAUACGUGGACAAAGGCCUCAACGCUCUAAUGGCGGCGUCGAAACUACCAGCUUUAUCAAUUCCCUUCAACUUUUCCGCCGCCAUCAUGUUGCUGAGCAUGCGCACUGCGGCCAACCUCGAGGGCACGCAGCUGCCGGAGGGCGAGGGAGCGAACCUGACUGCUGAGGUUAACGCCACCCACGAGAUAGAGUGGGGAAAGGUGUUCGAAGGCACUCUUCUGGCUUCGGGGCAGAUCUAUGGCGUUGGCACCGUCGACUCUUCCAUCCUCGUCUGGCUUGGUUUUUUCUUCUUCUCUCCUCUACUUACCGUUUUCUUCUACAUGGGGAGCGUCAUUGGCACCAUGAUCGGGGUAUUGGUGAGUACUGCGCCCUACACAGACGUCUAUCUAGGGCUUUGGGGCUACAAUGCUAUGCUGUCUGCCGGAGGUCUCUCCUACUUCCUGGUUCCUCUGCCGGGUGUGUUUGUCGCUGCCAUCAUUGUAGCUUCUCUGGCAGGUGCAGUGCAGGCAGCAACGGUGCAUAUAUUUUCAGCGACGGCAGUUCCUGUCCUGUCCUACCCUUUCAACGUGGCCACGCUGCUGUUCCUCGCCAUCAGCACGACAGAAAAUCCGCCGUUCGUGUGGGUGGCGAGUAAGACUUUUCCGGAGCAGCACCUCGUCAAGUAUUUCAGCGAGGAAAGGAGACUUCAGAACGAGCGUAGUCUUCCCGAGACGGAGGAGCCCCUACAAACCGUAACUGUAGGGAAAUAAGUGCUCUGAAGGGGUCGAUGAUGACUCAGCAGUUGUAAGAUAAGGGCAGUUUAUAUGUCAAUUAGAUAUUUGUAUGGUUUUAGUGCGAUAUAUAUAUAUAAUUUUUUUUUUUUUUUUGGGGGGGUGGUAGUACUGUUUAUUAUGGGUCGUUAUUACUGAUAUCAUUGUUUUGUCAUUGUUGUAUUUUUUAUUAUUAUAGUUAUUAAUAGUACUAUUGUUAUUGUCGUUAUUAUUUCUUAUUAAUGUUGUUCUUAUCACCACUGUUAAGCACCAUUAUUAUUUUUUAUUGCUAUAAUCUUCGCAACCAUUGUCAUCGCAGUCUUUGUAUUAACAUUGUAAUGGUCUCUUCUUGUUUAUAUCUCUCUUUGUUUUUCUUGCCACGUGGCUUCCCAUAGAGAUAUAUAAAAAGAAAUAAAAAAAAUAUAUUUAAAACCUUCAUAUUAAACCUGAAAUUAAAACCUUUUAAAAAUAAAACAUUUAAAACUUUCACAUUAAACCUUAUAGGAACCUUACAUUAAAGCCUUUUAAAAAUAAAACAGUUAAAACCUUCACAUUAAACCUUGUAAGAACCUUGAAUUAAAAAAAAUAAAUAAAUGCUAAAGUCCCAGUGAAUAAUAUAUGAUAUGUAAAUGAAUAUGAAUUAAUAACUGAAAUGAAAUGAAUGAAGGUAAAUAAGAGCGUAUUAUCAGCAAUAAUUUAGAAAUCUUUAUUAUCGUGCAGCAUACAAAUUUGAUGAAUCAUUAGCUAAUGCGUAUUGAUAACAUGAGUAAAUAUGCAUUAGAUUUGUGUUUGCGUGUGUGUGAGCAUCUUUAUUAAAUGGAUAACAUUUAUUACUCUCUAAUAAAGAACAUAGUGGAAU